ACAAACCAUUUUCUCAUUUACUUCAGCGGUAAAUCUUCAUUAGGCUUCUAAUUAACUUUUUCGUUUCUUCGAUAAAAAAGAAUUGUGACACGCUCCCGAAAAAGCGACGCCUCUCAUUGGCUGCCCGCAGGGUCACAUGGUUCUAGCGGCCGUCCGUCUAUUUGACAGCCGCGGGAUGGCUUGAUGCCAGAGGGGGGAAAAAGGGACAGAGAAGAGGGGAGAGAAAGAAAAAUUAGUAUUCUCCUACCAGCUUCGCUAUAAAUCAAUCAUGGAGUCCUACGUGGUGAGCUGCAAAUAUGCUGAGCCGCAUUUCCCGCCUUGUGAAGAAGAUUACAGUCAUUUCACUGACCAAGGGGGGUAUUAUAAUAGCAACCAGGAGAGUGGCACCUACGGAGGGCGAUACCAGGCCGCGCAGCCCCCUCCGCCUCCGUACGCACCCCAGCCAACCGCCUAUGAACACUCCUUGCAGGGGCAUCACCACCGGGAGGAUGCAGAGCAGCUGCCCCAGCAAGGUACGCCUUUCCCGGGCUACAGGGAGCAAGACGCAGCCGAGAAGGAGGGGUACCCCUUGGCGGCGGAGCUGCAGUGCCAAGCCUGGAUGACGUGCACCAAUAAGCCCGCUCAGGUGCAGAGGAGAGGCGCCGGAGGAGGUGGAGGAGGAGGCUGCCAGGCUAAAGACAAGCCGCCCAUUGUGGUCUACCCCUGGAUGAAGAAAGUGCACGUCGCCCACGUCAACCCAAACCACGUGGGCCCGGAACCGAAGCGGCUGCGGACGGCCUACACGCGUCAGCAGGUCCUGGAGCUGGAGAAGGAGUUCCACUUCAGCCGCUACCUCACGCGCCGCCGCCGCGUGGAGGUGGCUCACGCACUGUGCCUGUCAGAGCGCCAGGUCAAGGUGUGGUUCCAGAACCGGCGCAUGCGCUGGAAGAAGGACAAUAAACUGCCCAACACUAAGGGACGCAGCAAGGCCAAGAAAGUCGUGGGUGGCGGGGGAGACGGCGCGGGCAAGGCGGCCAUCCCGGUUUGAGUUUGUAGCCGGAGUGAUGAUCCAGGGCGACACCCCCCCCCCCCCCCACUAAUUAUCCAUUGGAGGUCCUACAUUUAGCCUUAUAUUAUAGCAUAGCUUCUCCGUCAUCUGUUACAUUUCAGCACAUCAUGCCAAAAAGUUCUGGAUCUCCUGGAAUAAUUCCUUUCAUUCUCAUUUCUUUUGGGCCAGAGAUGGUUUGAGUUGAAGAGAACAGGGUUUUUUAUUAUUAAUAUUAUUAUUAUUUCAACAGGGUAAGCAUGAUACAGGGUUCUAUAUGUGAGGCUUGUAUGCACAUGACCAAAAUGUUUCCACUUUAAGGACAAAAACAGAGGCGCCAAAUGGACUGACUGUUGAUUUUAUUUGCAAGAGCUUCCAAAAGCAAUAGGACGAGUAGCCAUAGCAUGCACAGCUGAGCUCCAAAAGGUGAUGUUCUUGGAGGUUCUUAAUGCAAACAACAUAUUUGUCUCAGGGUUACUUACAGGGUUUAGUCCAUUCUGCACCACAGCAUGCUCACUAUACAAAGAAUAAUGUCAUUUUUUUGGUUGUUUUAUUGUUUAUUAUUCCAGUAUAGUAUGCUAUUCGCCUCCGUCAGUACUUAUUUUGUAUGUGUAUUGUCUUAAAGCAUAUUUUAUUCUUUGUAGCAAAUGUGUGUUCUUUUGUAUGUGCUCUUUAAAAGGUGAAGAAAUACAACAAUACCCAUUCGUGUAUGAGUUUUAUAUGUGAGAAAUGUUUUUGAAUAAAAAAAAGUUAGAUAAGUAAA